GACGAAGCUGUCAUUUGAGGGCAUGCCUUUGUUGACAGAUAUAUCAGUAAAAAACAACCGUCUGCAGUCCAUACCCGAAAGACUGGACGUAAUAACACAUUCCCGGAUUCUCGAUAUUUCAAACAAUCCUAUCAAGAGUCUACCCGGGGGACAAUUUACAUCUCUAAACUCCCUUCUGAAACUGGACAUUUCGAACAUUUCUGCAAUCCAAGAUGGCGGACUUGCACCUGAUGCCUUGACCGGACUCCACAGUUUGGUUGAACUUAGGGUUGAAAAUAACCAGCUGAACAAAGUACCCUCUCAGGCACUUUCCGCGGUAAAGCAGACUCAAAUUCUGAGUCUUAGCCAUAAUAAGAUAGAGACUCUUGACGAAAGCGACUUUGUUUCCGUCUCAAACGUAUCUAAUCUACAGCUUGCUAGUAACAUGUUAGCAAAGGUAUCCGAGAAAGCUCUUCGUCCCUUCACAAACUUGACCCAACUUGACCUCUCAGGAAAUCCUCUGGUACACAUCCCUGAUUGGUCGUUUGGAAACUCGACAACGCUUUCCAGCUUGCGCUUGAGCAAUGCCAAAUUGUCAGUCAUUGACCCCGCAGCGUUCCAUGGUCUAAAAGGUGUGCAUUCUAUCGACGUUACCAACAACAAUCUAACAUGGCUGCCAGGUGACCUCUUAAAAUAUGACCGCGCUUUUCCGAUUUACCUGUAUGCGGACCAGGGGAAUCCUUGGUACUGUGACUGUCAGAUGAAGCCAUUUUCACAGGCCGUUAACGUUCCAGGUCAGUCAGUUAUUACGAAUAUCCACUGUUCUGGUCCUGAAAAGUUUAAAGGUCGAAAUUUGGGAGACAUUCCUCUGGCAAACCUCACCUGUGACUGUGAGCAUCAGGAGGCGCCCUCUGUCGACACAUCAGGGAGUGACAAUAGCACUGCUGUCGGUCAACCCGCAAAACUUACGUGUAAAGUGAGCGGCUGCCCGACGGCCCACGUCUUUUGGACCACCCCAAGGGGCUUUGUGAUCUCUCCUCACCUCACUGAGUAUCCCGGAUAUGACGUACAGGACGACGGAACUCUCGUUAUCACGGCUACCGUUGCUGAGGAUGCCGGGAACUACAUUUGCAUGGCGGCCAACUACCUUGGGAAGGCUGAACAGAGUCACAAGCUUAAGCUAGAUAUUAUUGAGACGUAGUCAAUAGCGGAAAUGACAAAAUCUUUUGAGUUGAACUAUUUCGUCCAUGGGAUAAUUUUCUUUAAAGCUGUCUAGAUAACUCCAUGUGCUAGAUAAAGCAGGGUACGUUGGACUCUGACCCAUCGGUCAAAUAACACAGCUUUCGAGGUAAACAAUGGUUAAUAACGCACCAUGUGACUUGUAUGUUUUCCGUAGACCAAAGUCUUUUGCAAUAGCAGUGCACGUUUCUCCUACAUGGGAGCCAAUGAAUAGUAAGGUACGUCACUUAACCGACUGCAUUUAGACUGUUAGUUGCCAAAACGUUGCAUAAAACUGUGUUAGUUGCCUAUGUUAGUGUAUAAGAGAUAUCUGAGUGUAAUAAGACAAUAUUUAGGUUAACAGAAACGUAUAAUGACAUUUCAUGUAUACUUCGUCCUAUUGGGGACACAUUUCGAAGCAUUCAAAAGACUAAGUUUGAUGAUUUGACAUUACUAUUGUACUAUGUCAAGUUGUGGGAUGUAAAUCAUAUAAAAUUGCUCCCCUCUUAGCUUUACAUGGCAUAUGUCUGAACAAAAACAAAUAAGUGCAUUAUUGUGGUGAAAUCAUUGGUCAAAUAAACCUUUAGACU